AUGGCUCUAGCAAGGCUGUGCUACAUGCAAAAGGCUUUUUCCCGAUGGGCGGUUGUGAGGUCUAGUUUGGAGCCUAGGGGACACAUACAAGUUUGCCUGCGCAUUAAGCCCUUCACAGCACUGGAAAGAGCAAAUGGAUCUCAGGGGUGUGUUUCACUUGAGGACUCAACAAGCGUUAUACUGAAACCCCCUAAGAGCUCCUGGAGUCGACCGACUGACAAAACUGCAGGACAGGCGAUACAGAAAUUCACCUUUUCACGAGUGUUUGGACCUGAAGCAACUCAAGAAGAAUUCUUUGAAGGUACAGUGAAGCAGCCAGUGCUAGACUUCCUAGAAGGAUGUAAUCGCCUUGUUUUUACGUAUGGCAUUACAAAUGCUGGGAAAACCUACACAUUCCAAGGGACAGAAGAUGAUGUUGGUAUUUUGCCAAGGACGAUGGAUAUGUUGUUUAAAACUAUUGGAGGAAGGCUAUACACAAAAAUGGAUCUGAAACCUAUUCGGUGGCGAGAUUACCUAAAACUGACUAAAGACCAAGUGAGAGAAGAAACUGCUCUUAAAAAUUCCUUGCUUCGUCUGACAAAAGAGGUAGACCAUCGCAAUAGCCCUAACGGCAAAGCACCAGCUGAUUCUAAGGGUGUAGGAAAUCUCUCAAAAGGAUCAGAACAAUCUAGCAGAUUAUCUCUAGAUAAUUUCUCCAAGUUCUCUGUUUGGGUUUCAUUUCUUGAGAUUUACAAUGAAUGUUUUUAUGAUUUACUGGCUCCUAUGUCGGAUGACAAGAAAAAGAAGACACUUCGCCUUGCUCCAGACAUCAAGGGAUAUUCUUACGUGAAAGGUCUGCAGUGGGUUCAGGUCUCUGAUUGUGAAGAAGCUUUUAGACUUUUUAAACUGGGACAGAAACACCGGAGUUUUGCAAGCACAAAGCUGAAUGCUUGCUCCAGCCGAAGCCACAGUAUAUUUACCAUCAAGUUACUACAAAUUGAAGACCUUGAAAUGCCACGAGUGACACGAGUCAAUGAGUAA